GGUGUUGGUUAUAAUUUUCAAGUAGGUUAUUGUUAUCCUUUAAUCACAGAAUCUUAUGGUAAUACUAAUUUUAAAGUUAGUGUAACACAAGAUUUAAAAACAACUACAAUACCACAGUAUAAAACAAAUGAUAAACAAUGCACCUCUCCAAACCCCUCAACAACUAAAACUUAUACUAACGGAACAUGUAUUCAAGUCCCUAACUAUACCGAUAGUGCAUUAUCAAUGAAUGUAAAUGGUGAAAACGAGGGUAACUAUGUAUUAGUAAACAUAGUCGAAAAUCCAAAACCACCUUCGUUAUUUGGUACAAAAGUUGCAACAUAUGGUGAUCCUGAAUGUGAAAGUACUCCUUGGUUUUACUAUUAUUAUGUUAAUGGAACUUUAUUUAACAACCAACCAUCUAAUUACCAAAAUACAUUGAUUUAUUGUCAAGAAGAUAGACCAUUAGAGAAAACAUGUUAUUCAAAUGGUGAUUGCAAAACAACUUCAUUAAUGACAGGUUGUAAAAGAGAUAUUAUCCAUUGG